GCCGUGGGAGCAGUCUUGUGCAAGACCAGGGGAAUGGACUGCAACCAAUUGCCUACCUCAGCAAGAAACUGCACGGGGCAGAACUCAACUACCCGAUACACGACAAAGAGGCUCUUGCUAUUGUCAUCGCCUUCAAAGCAUGGAGAUGUUAUCUCGAAGGACGUCAAACAACAGUCUACACCGACCACUGCAGUCUGAAAUAUCUGAAGACACAACCAACCCUUUCCAGGCGGCAGGUCCGGUGGAUUGACUUCCUCGAGACACACUUCCACUACGACAUCGUGUACAAGCCCGGCCACAAAAACAAAGCAGACCCUCAGCCGGCCUGCACACGUUGCCGCUAUUCAGGCCGAAGGGAUGAAUCCACUACUCAAGGGACUCUUCACACACGGUGGGGCAACGACAUUGCGUACCGGAAAGGAUCAACGAAAAUCUGGGUACCCAAUUACCCUCCUUUGCGCCAGUUACUACUCGAAGAAUACCAUGACGUCCUCUACGCCGGACACUUCGGUAGCAACAAGACGCUGACCGGUAUCGCAAAACACUACUACUGGCCUCACUUGGCAGAUGAUGUUCGGAAAUUCGUCACCUCGUGUGAUACAUGUCAACGGAUGAAGAGCAGUAAGCAGAAGAAAGCAGGACUACUACAGCCUCUUCCUGUCCCAGAACGGCCAUGGCAAGUGGUUAGCCUGGAUUUCAUCACCGGGUUACCACCUACCACUCGCGGUCAUGACGCAAUUCUUGUCGUCAUCGACAAAUUCUCUAAGAUGGGACACUUCAUCCCGACACACACGACGGCACGCACCGAGGAGAUAGCACAACUCUUCGUUCGCUACAUCAUCUCACAGCAUGGCAUUCCAACUACACUCAUCUCCGACCGAGACCCCAAGUUCACCAGCAAGUUCUGGAAGGAACUCAUGUCUCUGCUCGGCACCAAACUCGCCAUGUCAUCCGCAUACCAUCCGCAAACAGACGGACAGACCGAGCGCCUUAACCAGAUUGUGGAGCAACUCCUCCGAGCAGCCUGCAAGGACGAGAUCUCCAAAUGGGACUUGCACCUGCCCGUUCUGGAGUUUGCUUACAACAACGCCACACAUGCCGCUACUGGACAGACGCCGUUCUUCCUCUGCUACGGACGCCACCCACUCACACCACAGAAACCGACAACAUCAGCUACAGUCCAACCUGCACACGACUUCAUCACAACCAUGCAUCAACUUUGGGAUCGGACCCAUAAGCGCCUCCUUGACAUUCAACAGCAACAGAAGCGCCAGGCCGAUUGCCAUCGCAACGACCACACCAUUUCCGUGGGAGACCAGGUGCUCCUCGACACCCGCAACCUGGACAUCAGCCACCUCCCAUCUAAACUUCGACCUCGCUUCUGCAGACCUUUUCUCGUUGAAGCACAGGUUACCCCUGUUACCUUCCGCUUACGCCUGCCAGCUACCUGGAAGAUUCACAAUGCCUUCCAUGUCCAACUUCUAAAGCCCUAUCGGGAUCCUAACACGAUCUUCGUGGGAGGCCAGCCGCCGCCGCCGCCACCCGUCCUCGUCCAGAAUGAACCCGAGUACGAGGUCGAGUCCAUGCUUGCACAUCGUCGACGUCGGAAUGGCACCGUGGAGCUUCUUAUUCGUUGGAAGGGCUAUGAUCCUUCUGAGGACAGCUGGGUCUCUGAAACCGACAUGGGUAACGCCCGUCGUCCUCUGCAUGACUACCUUGUCAAGCAGGGUGUUACUUCUACCACCCAGCUUUGAGGGGGGGAAGUGUGAGAGUAC